AUGGCCCAAAAGCUGGACGCAAAGGGUGGUAAGAAAGGAAAUGUAUGGGAUGAUGACGUUCACGAAAAUGUCAGAAAAGUGUAUUUAGGGAAAGGCCAGGAUUGUAUAUCCUUUGUCAAGUUUGAGUAUGUUGAUGAUUCUGAAGUGGUUAUUGGAGAUCAACAUGGAGAACGAACACAAGAAGUUGAGGAGUUUGUGGUUGACGUAGAUGAUUACAUCGUUUACGUAGAAGCUUUCCGUGAGACAGUAACUCAAGAAACCAUUGUGGAUCUUAAGUUCGAGACUAGCAAAGGCAAAACCAAUAGAAACUUCAAGGAGGGUCCGGGGGUAAAGUUUGUUCUCCAAGGUGGCAAAAUCGUUGGGUUUCACGGGCGUUCGACAAAUGUUCUACACGCCCUUGGAGCCUAUGUUUGUGACCCAAUAUCCACUUCUCAAUUGCAUGGAAAGUGGACAAAGGUGGAGCAAAAAGGAAAGGCCCCAGGGCUAAGAUGCUCGCAUGCCAUAGCACAAGUAGGAAACAAGAUUUACUCCUUUGGUGGAGAGUUCACACCAAAUGUGCCUAUUGACAAAGACCUUUACGUCUGUGACCUCAAGACCGGGAAAUGGUCCAUUGCUCCAGCCACGGGAGACAUUCCACACCUCGCAUGCUUAGGCGUCCGAAUGGUGUCAGUUGGAACAACCCUCUAUGUCUUUGGUGGCCGAGACGCUUCCCGCAAAUACAACGGUUUCUACUCUUAUGACACAACCAAAAACGUGUGGAAACUACUAACUCCGGUCGAAGAAGGACCCACUCCUCGUAGCUUCCACUCUAUGGCAGCCGAUGAUAAAAAAGUUUAUGUUUUCGGUGGAGUGACUCCUACGGAGCGGAUCAAGACCCUGGACGCCUACAACAUCGCUGAUAAGAAGUGGAAGCAGUGUGCCACCCCAGGGGAAUCUUUUAGCAUAAGAGGAGGAUCCGGACUCGAAGUGGUGAAUGGGAAGGUUUGGGUGGUAUAUGGAUUCAACAACUAUGAAAUUGAUAAUGUUUAUUACUACGAUCCUGUUCAGAACAAGUGGACAGAAGUGGAAACAUUCGGUGAGAAGCCUUCUGGAAGGAGUGUUUUCGCUAGUGCAGUUGUUGGGAAACGCAUUGUGAUUUUUGGAGGUGAGGUUGAUAUGGACCCACAAGCUCACGUGGGUCCGGGACAAUUGGUGGAUGGGACUUUUGCGUUAGAUACGGAGACGUGUAAGUGGGAGAGGUUGGAUAAGCUGGGUGAAGAGAAAGAGACUCCGGAGAUCAGGGGAUGGACAGCUUCCACGAGUGCGACAGUUAAUGGUAAGAAAGGGCUCUUGAUGCAUGGUGGCAAAGCUCAGACCAAUGACCGUUUUGAUGAUCUCUACUUUUACGAGUUUCAGUAAGGGAGGGCCAUGAUACCAUGUGAUCUUUCAUCAGCUUUCCAUUAUCUUUUUUUUUCAGUAUGUCUGCGUUGUGUGUGAUUCAAUAAGGGAAGGUUCGCGAUAUGUACGAUCCUUCAUUUGCUUUC